AUGCGCUACUUGCUUGCACGCUCCUCGCUCCUUGGGCGCCGUGCUGGGUCUCAUGCUUUAAGACCUUACCUACCAGUGUGGGUGCGCUGCAAACUUGCACGCUUUAUGCUCCUUGGGUGCCCUGCUGCACUUCUUAAGCGCUUGCACGCUGCUUGCUUGCAUGCCCUGCUGGGCCUCGCUCUUGAAAAUACACGCUCCUUGGGUGCCCUGCGCGGCUUCGCGCUUUGUAAGUGUGGGCACGCUGCUUGCUUGCGUGCUCUUCGCUCCUUGGGUGGCCUGCUGGGCCUCGUGCUUUAUGCCUUAUAA